CGCGGCGGCGGCGGCGGCGACGGUCCAGAGGCCGACGUGGACGAGCUGCUGCUGGCAUCCGCCAGCCACUUCCUCGGCUCGCACUCGCUGCAGAUCAGCGUGCCACAGGCGCUGCGGGCGGCCGUCCGGGCGGCGGCGAACCUCACUGGCGACGACGGCGGCCUCGCCAGAGGCGACAUCGACGAAGGAGGCGAUCAGCAGACCGAGGAAGGGAGGAGGAGAAAUGGCUACAACAGGAAGCGGUACAGUAGCUUCAUGUUGAUGGCGAUGCUGAUGAAGGGCGGCCUGCUGGCCAUCGCCUACAAGGGCGUGGCCAUCCUAGCCGCCAAGGCGCUCCUCGUGGCCAAGAUCGCGUUGGUCAUCUCCACGCUGGUGGCGCUCAAGAAGCUGGUGGCCGGCGGCGGCGACGAGAAGGUCACCUACGAGAUCGUCAAGACGCCGCACGUGUCGCACGCUUUCGCACACUCCGGCGGAUACGACCACCCGGGCCACUACGACAGGAGCACUGGAGGCAGCGGGCCCUAUCGACGCAGCGUCGACUUGCCGUACCACGCCUACCAGCCCAUUCCCUUGCACCAGCAAGAUGGUGCAGCUGCCGCAGCUUGAAUCUCUCGCGUUUAUAUUCCCUCUUACAACUACUUCUUUACACGAUCUUCAACCAUGAAUGCCAAAAAUAGGUCACCAGACGUACAUAUCCGUAACACCAGCAAUUUGAAAACAUUAGUCGAAAACACGCUAUUAACUCACGAUUUGCCUGAGAUAUAUUUUCCGUGUUGUAUAUUCGGCAAUGAGUAAUUGGGGGUCGACUAGAGUUCACUGAAUUAGAAAGAACAUUCAGGCAUUUCAAACUGAAACACAUAAUAUACAAAUAAUCAAUUGGACUCCAUGUA